UGUGAAUUUGGCCUAUGACUCACAGCAAACCAGGGCCUGUCUCAACUUAGUCCUGUAUGUUUUCGGAGAAUGAACUAUUCCCUCUUCCACCUAGGAUAGGGCAAUUCGGAAAUGGGUGAAACCUGCCAGUUAGUUCAAUUUGUAUAAAAUGAGCGUUUCUCUCCUAACCCGAGCAGGUACUCGCUAGCAGUCAAUCAAAUCGAACAAAGCAGACGACAUUACGUGAAAAUUGAGACUUUGCCAGUAACGCUAAUUUCCUUUAUUUGCACUAUCAGUUGAAACUGCUAUAUUGGCAACUCGCACAUGAGAUAAUAGAAUUUCUCUCGAAGGAACUGAAACACUUUUCUUUUCCCUCUUUAACCAAUCGAAGGACGUUUUUUGAUAGCUUCAAGUUUGGCAACCUGACGGAGGAAGAUAAUAGAAUUUGUCUGCUAGAAGAAGAAGCCAGCACAUAGGGAAGUCUCGCCCUUUCGUUAAUUUGCGUGAAGCGUUGGUUCCGGGGUCUGUAGGCGCAAUGGAGGCACCGAGUCGAAGUACAGGAGCCUUAUUCUUAAUAGUUGUGGUUGCUGGGUUGUUCCUGCUUUCUGACGGUUUCAUUCUCACUAAGGAUUCCGCUGAUCUGGUACACUGCAAGCCAUGUGAGCAGAUUUCGAUCGUACAGGACGCCAAAGGAAACCUAGUUUCCAAGGUGGAAAAGGAGCAGUGUCGCCCUCUACCGGCAGAUUGCGAGGCAGUGCGUGUGAAAUGCGGUUGUUGUGACGUGUGCGCCAGCAAGGAGAAGGAGCCGUGCGGCGCCUGGAGACCCAGGUGUGAAAAAGCUCUCACUUGCUCCAAUGUAGAGACUGGGGUGGAGAAGGCUGACGUGGAAUGGUACAACUUUGACUUUGUCGGCAUAUGCGUGAAAAAUACAAAGGGUGCAAAGGAAUAAGAUUCCCAACCUGAUGGAUUUCUCCAAGAAUUAAAUCAGAGCAACACUGUAUACACGUUGGCAUCCAUAGCUCAGUGAAGACCAACUUAUAUUACUGUAGAACAACAUCAAAGACAGCAAAAAACGUUGAACAACAAAACAUACAGCGUUUUAAACAUGAAUGAUAUUUUUAGGAUCACAUGUGCCGAUGAAUGCAGUAAAAUAAUAAUUAUUUUAAGAAAGUCACCAUCACUACACGAUAGAACAUACAGAAAUGUUGGCGUCUUAUGGUAACUACGUCCCGUCUUACGUACUAGUUUCAGCGAGGAGGAAGAGUAAGGAUUCGGGUAUUAUUUACAAUAAUUCAUAAUUAUAAGUAGGCCUACUAUCCACAUUUGUCAAUUCUACGAACUAGAAAAACUAGAAGUAAAAACUAUUUGGUUGGAGUUAAAUUUGGCCAUUACGUUACAGAUUGUGGAUUGAUAUGUUGAAAUAAUUUACGGUACACUUAAACAAAUGAAAUGAAAAAGAAAUCGCGUUUAAAUAUUUAUCAAUGGUGUUAUUAUGAUUGUAGAUGCUUGGAUGUGCUAGUGAAUUUAUUGACUUAGUUAAAGCUAGGUCCAAUUUUUUCCCUCUUAUUCAAUUAUAAAAAGUCGAAAGUAAUAAAACCUAAUUGUGUUUUACCUA